CCUACGUAGGUGCUGUUUGUGGCUACCGAAGUCGCUGCGCGGGGUCGGGGUCUGGCUCUAGGCGGUUCUUCCUGUUUUCUUCUCGUAUCCCCGAUGUGAUCCCUACUGGAGGAGCAGGAAGUGGGCUCCCAGACGCCCAGUGUCCUCGGCAGGAUCUGCUCGGGAAGAGCGGCGGCCGUCCCAUUACUCAGCCCUCGACGCACUGGUCCGGCCAGUUCACUCCCCUCAGCGGGUCAACAAACACCAGCGCGUGACUCGACAGACACGAAAACAACUGAAACUUACUCAGAAAAGUUGUUCCUUCCACAUUUCCUUCUGUAAACUUUUUCCGCGCGUAGAAAGAAGCUCCUUCCUCCCCAGCCCUCGAGCGUAAGAUUGGGGGCGGGAGGUGAGCUUAAAAAUAAAAUCUUGUUUAGAUGCUGCUUGCUUUUGGGGAUACGUGUUAACACCAUUUUCUGAGGCAUUGAAUUCCCUUGAGAUAAUUUGAUUUCGGUAGUAACCCUACAAAAUACGUAUAUAAUUAGGUUUAAAGUUUCGAACUCUAGUAAAAGAUUUACAGCGAAAAGUAAGGUUCCACCUUGUCCGCGGUUCGCUCAGCGGUAAGUUUCUUGUGUCCUGCUAUGUACAUUGCACCGUGUGUACCUUCCUUUCUAAAGAAACCACUGGGAGCAACUCGCUAUUCUGCGUCUCGUCUUAUUCAUGUUAGCAACGGCCUGGCUCGUUCCUUCUCAGGGCGGCGUGGUUCCCUGGGAACUGUCUCCAUUUCUCAAACGAGGGUCCCUGGGGCUCAGCUCAGCUCUGUGACUUGGCCGGGCUCAGAGGGACCCGGAGGUCGGGGCGGGAGGCUGGGCGGAGCAGGAGGCAGGAAGUGCCAGGGGCUGACUCGCCCGCGACACCCCCGCGGCUUGUAAACGCGGGGCAGACGCGGACCUGGCAGAAUACACGCCUCGAAGCCGGCUCUCCACUGUCCGCGCGGGCGGCGACUGGCGGCACGAUGGACCUGGCUGGGCUCCUACUGGACGAAGAAGGCGCCUUCUCCCUCACCGGCUUCCAGGACUUCACGUUCCUCCCGGGACACCAGAAGCUGAGUGCCCGGAUCCGAAAGAGACUCUACUAUGGCUGGGACUGGGAAGCCGACUGUAGCCUGGAGGAGCUUUCCAGCCCUGUGGCAGACAUUGCUGUGGAACUGCUCCAGAAGGCAGCCCCAAGCCCUAUUCGCCGACUCCAGAAGAAAUAUGUAGCUCAUGUGUCCCGGGAGGCAUGCAUCUCCCCAUGUGCUAUGAUGCUAGCUCUGGUGUACAUUGAGCGGCUCCGGCACCGAAACCCAGACUACCUGCAGCAUGUGUCAUCAUCUGACCUGUUCCUGAUCUCCAUGAUGGUGGCCAGUAAGUACCUCUAUGAUGAAGGGGAAGAAGAAGAGGUCUUCAAUGAUGAAUGGGGAGCUGCUGGGGGUGUGGCCGUGCCCACUCUCAAUGCCCUGGAGAGGGGCUUCCUGAGUGCCAUGGAUUGGCGUCUCUACACUGACCCUCGGGAGAUCUUUGAGGUGCUGAGCUGGCUGGAGAGCUGCGUGGCUGAGCAGCAGGGACAGCGGCGGGGCUGGUACACCUACACAGACUUGUGUGUGCUGCUAGAGCAGCCAACCUGGCAGGUGGCCCUGGGCUCUCUGUGCCAGCAACUGGUAAAGCUGUCCUGCCUGUUAGCUAUGGCAUACGUGAGCAGCAUGGCCUUGGCUGUGGCAUCGGCGGCUGUAAUACACCAGUCCUUGGGGCUGUCCUGCAGCCCCCCACCUGGCCCUCCUGACCUUGGAUUGGCCUCCAGGUGCCUCUUGGAGCCCUGCAUACCUUCUCCCGUCUUACCAUGCCUGCCAUCUCCUGCUAAUGUCUCCAGCUGCCCAGAACGAGACGUAGGGCUGCGUCUGCUCUGGGGCAGUCUUCUGGCCUCACUGACUCCCCCACCGUUACCUCCACCAGAUCCCCUUGCUCCUCCCACUCAUCUCCAUAACUGCCCCCUUUGCCAGAGGUUCCGGAGAGACUCCCCAACCUGCCAUGCCUGCCACCACCCCAACCAUACAGUCUCCACUGGGCCUCCCAGUCCCUGGUACCAUACCCAUGGCCUGGCUCCACCCUGGCCCUGGAGCCCUGUGCUCCCUCCACUCCCCCAGCCCCAGCAGUGUUCCCUUUUCAGUGUCAUGGAGCUGGCCCGCCUCAAGUCUUUCAUUUUUCCAGGCUAGGGAGGGCUCUGAGGAGUACAUUAAGAGGAUUGGGGAAUCCCUGAGAACCCAAAGGAGCAAUGCUUGAUUUAGAUCCUCUCUACCUCUCUGGGUCCUUGGCUGGUCCCCCGUCCUCCUGGGUAAGAUUUUAAGGGGUUGUAGGGCAGAAGGACUGAAGGUCAUUCACUCUCCUAGACCUCAGUGCCUGACUGCUUGCCCAGGGCGCUGGUGGUGCCAAGGAAAGCUUCAGCUCAGUUACCAGGGGCACAUCAGAUGGACAGAGAAGCCUCCAUCUCUCUGCCUCCCCUGGACUUUUCUAGACUUUUGAUUUUGAGUUCCUGGGAUGGAAGGGUAAAGGUAGAAGAUGGAGGAAGGAGAUGUUGACAUGGGCCUGUGUGAUGUCCUUGAGGCAGGAGAGCCCAGGACUGAUGGGGCUAAGGUGAGAGCUACUGAGAGAAGACUGGGUUAGGGGAAACCUUCUCCACACCCAUUCCUUGGAUGUAGACUAAUGGAUCCAAGGACUGCUGGGACCUUCAAACCUUGACCUAUUGUCUUCCACCCUUCUCUUAGUGCCCUGCUCCUAGGCUUUCCUCUCUUCUGGUUCCUCUCCCGGUGUUCUCUUUUCAGGCCUCUCUGGCCACCACUUUGUAUCUGGGUUUUUCAUGCUUUUGUAGAACUGAGGUUUCAAUAAACAUUUUCAGUUGCA